AUGUACUAUCCAAGCUUCCGGAUAUUUUGGAACAUCAUUUUCUUACACUUAUUUAUGGUAUUUAUAAUCAAGUAUUAUUCCACUUCAGAAACAACAGAAGUAGCUGCCAGUGUCAACACAUUUAAUACUUUUGAUAAAUUUGUUAAUAAAUAUCACAAAACGGAACAAAUUGUAACAAUAAACCAUUUUCGUAUUUGUGGUAAAGCGCUAAUAUAUGCAUUGAUUAAGAAAUGUACUCCAGCAAAUGCCACCUAUCCAUGCUUUCAAAGUUCAGCCAAUACAGUAUAUGCAGACAGGACAUCAAAUCGUAGCUAUCGUCGAGGUGUUGCAUCAGUUUGUUGCGACUACGGGAAAUGCUCACAAGAAUAUUUGGCGACAUUUUGUUGUGAAAGGUCAAAUGCGACACGAUGA